AUGAUUGCUGCUGCUCUUCGUUGUCGCGCCUGUUUGCUGGAUAGCGGAGCUACCACCGCAACAGCCACCACCACUGGAGUCUCCACUGACCACCAAUGGCAGCGGCUCCUGGUAGCAGCCACCAGAGCUCAUAGCUCUUCUACCCAGCAACCAUCACCAGGCGUACAAUCUCCCAUUGCCACCAAGGACAGCCACCAUGGCCUCACAUGGCAGCAGCAGCUGGCGGCAGCCCUCGUAGCCGCAACAUCGCAGCAGCCGCAGAUGAUCAACGCAAAUCCACAGGUGAAGCAAAUCCACGGAAAGGAAAAAAACAAGCGUUUACGAUCCAACAAAAGCUCCAUCCGAGCUUCCACAAGAGAAGACGGCAUACAUUCCAACAGAAUCAAGUUCAAAAAGUGGUAUAUGGGGAACUCUGAAGUGUACGUGUUGGUGAGUGGCUGGAAUGAGGUUGUGAAGAGGAAUGGAUUGAAACCAGAAACACCAGUGCAGCUCUGGUCAUUCAAGAAGGAUUCACAAUUGUACUUUGUUUUGGUGCGGUUGCAGUGGGGCUGCUCUGCAUAG